GCGCUGCCGACCUUCAGCCCCACCGACGACGCUCCCGCGAAACCUGCGGAAGAGAGCGCUCCGCCUGAGGCUCCUGCGACCUUCGCUGGUACAAUAAGUACGGUCUUCAUGGGCUCAUCAGCUGCAGUGAAGAGCUUCGGCAUUGGCUGCGGGUUGCUCGUGGGCGUUCUGCUCUUCGAAGUGUUCCACAAGAAGACCGCAGAGUUCGACCUCUCGGCUCCCUUCCCGACGCUGGACAGCGUGGAGAACGAGCUAGUCCCCUCUGGGAAGCAGAUCUUGAUGCACCUCUCCGUGGGUGCCGCGAAGCUGUGGUACGUCUACGUCGCGGAGGGCAGGGUCGACAGGGGGGAGGGCGUGCUGCAGUCCAGCUCCAAUGCAGCUGGCUCGGUCUCUUGA